UCAGUCUUCUGUGCAAUUUUGACCUGUACGGCCGCGAGCUGAAACGCUUUUUGACACAAAUUUUCUUGUUCCGCCAUUCAACUUUCCAAAACAUACAAAUCAUCCCACGUUGCAAUCCACGAUAUCCAGGAAAAUAGAGAAAGGAAAGUCGGUAGUCGGUUUGUGCGUAUUUCGUGUGCGGCGUUUCACCGGUGAAGAAAAGGCCCUGAAGCAAAAGUAAAAGGAAAUCUAAUUACCCGGAUAUAGACAAAGACUUCUAGUUUACUGUGCUCCUCGAAGGAGAAAACCGACAACCAGUAGCGUCACCAGAAGUCCAAUUAUUAUUGGCAAAUCGAGUCAACCAAAUUGGUAAUUGAUUUUCGUUCGCAAUCUCCUCAAUCAUUCGAGCUCGCAUAUUAUCACAUCGUCACCAUCCCUUGUCGGUGCUGGAUCUUAAAGACACCACCCCUCCACCGACCGAGUGAAGCUAAUCUGUGCUCAACGCGUUCGAGAGUGGUAAAGAUUUUUAUCAACUUGUAAUAGCUUCGCCCUAGGGUUUACCGCUUCGGAUAUACACAUACAUCUUGUCCAUACUCCGAACAGACAGAAUAGUCGGGCAAUACAACAUUCAGGAAAUUCCUGUCGAGAAAGUGGCCCCAGGAUCAAACCGUUCUGCUACACAGCAAACCGUAGUCAGUACCCAAAUUAUUCGGAUAUCAGCACUUAGCCAAGUGCACUCUUAUAGUGAUUAGUACCAUCUACGUGUGUGUCUUAGUAGAUAAGUGUAAUUGUAGAAAUAUUUAUCGAGUGACCUCAAUCAUUAGACACAUUAGAGGAUAGUUUAUUCAUUUCUGCGUAUGUAUUGAAGUUUAGUGACCAAUAAAACUUAUUAAAUCCUUCGAAAGUAGUACGUACCACCAAGGAUUCAAUUGAUCCCAAAUAUAACUGACCGUAAUCGUAAAUGCUAUCUAUGAAACAACACGCUGAAAUUGAAUCAUCCAUCAUUGAUCUUAAACGAUAAAUCCCCCACCCCCUAGUUCCGCUCCUUAGGAAAAGUAGAAAAGCAAUAACUUCUUUGUGCAAGCAAGCAUCCAAGCAAUUGCGGUUUCAUUUCGACACAUAAAAGUGGCAAAGACAAAGGAUUGUUCUAUAAAUAAAGGCCACCAGAAAGCGAAUAAGGAUUAUAACAACAUUUUGGACAUAUUCCAGCCAAACGUAAAGGCAGCAAAAGUAUAUAUUUUAACGGCAAAAAUAUAAACUAGCAAAGGCUCACCUUCACUCCACCCUCUUUGAGAGAUAAGCUGACAAAAAAAACAUUUGUGACUUGUGACAGUGUAGAGUGAGGACAGUGGACCUACUAAGGCUAUCUUUGGAAACAUCCCCACCGUUAGUCGAGCUAUAGGAGUCUAUUGUGAAACUCCACAAGAAGAAAUUGUGCCAAAAUUGCUUCCUGCCUCGCCACGUUGCCGGUAGAGAAGUCACAGUUCUUUGUAGAAAGUUGAGAGCAGCAUCGGUAGCAUCCUCGAGAUCCGGCGGACACAAUUACGUUUUCUUCAACCGGCUUGUCAGCAGCAUCCUGACCGUAAUUAAGGUCCCUUUUGAAAAGGUUCGAUUCUUUCCUUGACGUUUUGUAAAAGCGUUUUAAUUUACUUAAUCCUCCGGCGUGAGAUACAUACUUACAUACAUACAUACAACCUUUACACAACCCUUAAAAAGUACAGUAACAGUGCAAGAGUGAAUCGCGGAAUCAAAGGAAGCAAGCGGAUAAAGCAAAGUGAAAAGUGUGCAAAAGUGCUGCUAGCAGGCAAAGGAGAAAAAAAGCUUCCAGUGAAUCAACAACGCCCAGAGAGCGAGCGCGGAAAAGUUUGCAAAAUUUUAAAUUAAUCAAGUUUUUCGCGCGUGAAGAAAGUGAAGAUACUCGAACCGGCGGCAGCAAUGGAGGAAGCCAAGGCUAAGCUUACCGAAAUCAACCUGUCCGACGACCCGGCAGUGACGCUCACCAUCCGUCUCAUCAUGCAGGGCAAGGAAGUCGGAAGCAUAAUUGGCAAAAAAGGAGAAAUUGUCAAACGUUUCAGGGAAGAGUCCGGCGCAAAAAUCAACAUAUCAGAUGGAUCCUGUCCGGAACGGAUCGUCACGGUGUCCGGUUCCCGCAGUGCUAUUUACAAAGCCUUUACACUGAUCACAAAGAAGUUCGAAGAGUGGUGUUCACAGUUCCAAGACAAUACUAAUGCACAGGGUAAAACACAGAUUCCAAUCCGCUUAAUUGUACCAGCUAGUCAGUGUGGUUCUCUAAUCGGAAAGGGUGGCUCGAAGAUAAAGGAGAUUCGUGAAAUUACAGGGUGCUCCAUCCAGGUCGCUAGUGAAAUGUUGCCAAAUUCGACAGAACGGGCUGUCACGCUCAGCGGUUCGGCGGACUCGAUCACACAGUGUAUCUAUCACAUAUGCUGUGUCAUGCUGGAGUCGCCACCAAAAGGAGCCACAAUCCCGUACCGGCCAAAGCCCCAGAUGAAUGGACCGGUCAUAGUAGCAAACGGUCAGGCGUACACCAUCCAGGGCAAUUAUGCCGUACCGACACAGGAGACCUGCACAGUAUUUCCACUAGCCAUAGCCGGUGGCUUGCAUGCGGCAGGCAUCUCAGGUUUAGUCGAUCCAUUACUAAAAGGAACACAUCUACAAGGAGCGAUACCUCCACAUCAUCUACAACCGAUACCUGAUGUUGCCGGACUUGCCAAGAAUCCGCUAGCAGGACUGGCAGCGCUCGGACUAGCCGGUGCUAUUCCGACCAACACGGGUGGACUGAACCCAACAGGUGAGUUGGUUUCCCCUCCAUCUGUCGCAUCGCCUAUAGCUCUCGCAGCCCUGGCCGGAUCCCAGCUGCGGACCAACAACAACCGCAGUGUGACCCAGGUUCAGUCCCAAUCCCACGAGAUGACAGUGCCAAACGAUCUGAUCGGAUGCAUCAUCGGCAAGGGCGGUACCAAGAUUGCCGAAAUUCGCCAGAUAUCCGGUGCAAUGAUCCGCAUCUCUAACUGUGAGGAACGUGACAGCGGCAACACCGACCGGACCAUCACCAUUACCGGCAAUCCGGAUUCGGUGGCCCUGGCGCAAUAUCUGAUCAACAUGAGAAUUUCGAUGGAAACAGCCGGCCUGCCGAUUCCUGGCUACCACUACAUCGCCCCGAAUCACAUCGUGAAAGCGCCCAUUCACUAAAUAUACAACCAGCCAGCAUGCAUGCAUCCAGCUCCGCAUCCAGUCUCUAGUAGCAGUAGUAGGAGAGUCGGCGGAAAUGGCACCGAUUAAAAUAAAGAUCUCACAGGACUUGGUUUAACCCUCUUAGGUAUGGUUAGAAAACAACAUCGGACCGCUGGACCAGUGCGACUUCCGUACAACAACCCAACCUGCACUGGUCUGUCUGGCUGUCGGGAAUGGACCGAAGAUGAAGCCGUUGUGUACUAUUUGCGAGACGACAGAGAAACAAAAACCCACAAGGACUACAGCAGACUGCUUGUGUGCGUUUUUCUUUUAAUUUGUGGCAUGGGAAAGACAGCAAACAAAAAAAAAUGCAAUGUUUCGUUUUUAUAUUUAGAUUUUAAUUGCUAACUAUUCUAGGUUUAAUCGCUAGUUUUUAAUGUGUUUGUUGACAUGUUUUUGCGUACUCUUUUUUUAGUAUAUUAUCGAGAUGAAUACGAAACAAUAUUAAAACAGCUACUGUAGCAGCCAAAGCUGACCAAAUGUGAUGAAAAGGCGUAUUAUAAAAGGAUGAUAAAAGAACAGAACAAAAAAAUCGGUGAAUCGAAAAUGAUUCCAAAUAAAUUCAUGAAAUCAUGCGAAUGCAAUAGGGUUCCAUUGGCUAACAAUGGGAAUUGUGUGCGGAAUGAGACAAUGAUGGGACAACUUGUACAGACAAACAGAGCCAAAUGGUUGAUCAAAAAGAGAUGAAAACUGCCAGCGUAGAUCAUGCAAAUAAAAACGCGCUUCACGUUGCUAUUGAAAUGUGAAAUAAUAAUUUUCAUGGAGCAGAUAAAAAUAUCAGAAUAACAACCAACCAAACAGGAAAACGCAAAAAUAACCACUUAUUGUAGCUUGCAACGCGUAACGUGCGAGCGGUGGCGGGGAAGCAGCAUAAUCGUCAAAGAGCUUAACAUUCAAUUAUAUAGAUUGAAACCUCACAUAUUUUCCCUUCCCGUAGCAAUCCGCGUUACAGCCUGAUCUAGGGACAAAGCCAAGCGGUUUGCUUGAACAGUAGCAGGUAGCAGGUGUGCCAGGUUCAGCAACGGGAUAUUGAUAUGAUAGACACUUUAACAGCAGGAUUUGUUUUUAAAACGCGCUACUGGUCCCGGAAAAUAUUGCUUUUUAUUACUAUUAAUUAAAUUUCGGUUUAAAGCUUUAAAAACAAAUGAAAAUUAAUUGAGCAGUUCGUUUCGCUUUCAGAAAGCGUAGCGUGCUGUUUUCUUUCACAUAAAAUACACAAACACAAACACACAUACACUACAGGGAUGAAAAAAAAAACAAAUGUAAUCGAAAGGAGAGACACUUUUUAAAAGUUUUUGGUUUGCAAUCAAAAUUAUGUUAUGUUCGAUAUCAGCUGCUUUGAGCUUGAGGUUAGGUUUAGUAGCACUGUUACUAACAGUAGGCGUUGAAAGUCGUGCGUAAAUAAGAGUAUGACUCGAAGCUAGACCAUUGCUAGUUAUUAGGGGAAGAAGAAAAAACUGUAUACGAACAAUUCAAGACGCGUUAAAAAACUAGUAAUUACACAUAAGAAAUCGUAGAAUUCACAUAUUUAUCGUACAUAUCGUUUUGAGGAAACGGAGAAAGAAAACAAAAACAUAUGACAGCAAACAGAACAUGUCAUUUAAAAAUUAGACUCUAAUAUGUCGUUAGAUUGCCAGAGAAACAAAAGUUCGUCGAAGCUUACCAACACCCAAAACAUAUCGUUGGUUUUUUGAGUAGAUUAACUUGAAUGGGAGCAAGUUUGAUUGGGCGUUGGAAAUUGUACGCUGGAAUGAGUUCAGCUAUCUUUGGGUAAGAUGUGGGUGCUGGCUUAGCUGAUUGCUUUUCUUAGCUAUUUACUGUUGUUAAUGAACGGAACUAUGACGGAAGUGGUAGAUGCAAAGUGAUGCAAUGAGAUUAUUUAAAAUCGAGGUCGUCCUUCCAAAAUUGUGAGCUUUUAAAGUGGAAGCUAAAGAGCCGUUGCAUGUAUAAAUGCUUUCUUUCGAUUAUCACUCCAUGCGAAUCGUACAAGAAAACUCUAGUUUUGUUUUUAUGUGCUUUAAACUCGGGGUAGCUGGCUGCCGAGAGUGACCUUUGUUUUCUAAAAAAAGGCUAUUUGCGCUCCAAACAACCGGCCGUUCUCUUACGAUUUAGCUUGGAGAUGUUUGUGACCUUUGGCCGAGACUUGGACAAUUUAUUUUAAUUGAGCUUUUUAUUUAUAAGCUUACUAGUAUAGGAGAGAAUUGUAUUACUUGUAUAGAUUUAAUCACCUAUUAGACGCAAAUGUAAUUUCUGAUUGAUGAGCGUUAAGCUAUUCAUCAGAUCCUUUGAGAAACGUUGUUUUAUCUGUAUAAAUCAUCGUUUGUUACUCGACAAGCCUUUUCCUUGCGUCUCAAAGUGUAUCUUGCGAGUAACCGUUUUACUUAUUUUAAAGAUUAGUAAUCUAAUUUAUAGUACCAUCUACGUAUAUGUUACCUUACGAGAGGUUGAUUUGUGAACUUUUUAAUUUUCCCUGUGAAACUUAAGCCUAGAAAAGUCUAUCAAAUCUUAUCAGAUCAUUGGUCCAUCGGGUUUCUUAAAAGAUUUUAUAAGAGAGAAUUUUAUUGUUGUUCAAAUGCUUAUGCGUUGCGUGGCAGCAUGGCGUUAUUUGGUAGAUGUAAAAGUGUUUUACGUUUUCAAAUUAAAAUUACCAAAAUUGCUUUAAAAUCAGGUGAACAAUCUAAUAGUUCUAUUUUUUUCUAAAAAUUUAAGCAGAUCUUGAAGCUAGGAAUUUUAUGCUGUAUACAAUUAGAAAUUCUGAUUAUUUCAAAUCUAUAUGAACAAGAUUAUAAUUUAUCUAAGCCUAAGUGGGACAAUUUUGUAUUUUGUAUAGAUUUGGAAUACAGAUUCACAUUUUGGUUAAACAAGGGUACAUUUUAUUUAAAAUGGAGUGACACUUUCAUUUCUGUUUUGGUACACGGAAAACUUAUGUUGAAUCAUAUUCUCAAUGGAUAUUUAUUACAAUAUCUGCGUAUUCUGGACAGUGAUGAGAAAACGGCUAUAGCAGGAAAAAGUAGAGCUUCUAACUUGCGCAUUAGUUACUAAAUAUUGGUAGAUCAAUGACCCAAAAGGGAGUCUAGCUGUGAUCAACAUAUUUAAUUGAGACACCGUGUGACUGGGAAUAAGAAAAUGAUAAAAGAAAGAGAUAAAUUUGAAUACUGACAUAUAUUCGGCGCCUGACCCAGCAACAUGCUUGAUGGCGUUAUAUCCCAUGUUAUAAACACAGCUUCCGGUCUCUAUGAGUUCAAUAGGCUGAAGAUGCGCAUUAAAUGUGGAACUGCUGAAAAUCACAUUAAUGAAAUUACGAUCCGCAUUCUAAACUGGGCUACAUCGAUAUCUUCUGGAUAGCAGAAAUCACCAAAUAUCCUCACGAAGCAUCGUAUUUUUAAAAUUCCUUUCCUACCAGACAAAAAUCUGGAAUUCCGGCAACUUUCUGCUUGUAUUGCGACAGAAACUAACCAGCGUUCCAGCAGAAGCCAGCCACAAUUCCUGCUGGUUUGGGUCGGGACUAAUACAAUCGCAGGAAUCGACCGAAUUAGCCCACAUACGAAUAGUAACGAGGCAGGCACCUACUGAAAAUCUAUUUGGUUGUACCAAAUGUACCUCUUUGGUCCCUAAAGAAAAUAUAGUUAUAGUAAAAGUGCUGUAGCUAGUUGUUUGAUUUUUUAACAAUUUAACCACUUGCGUUCAUAUGUAUAGGACGUCGGGAAAAUGGUUCACUCUGAUCAAUUGGGUCAGAAAAAAGGCUUGGACCACUUCAAUAAUGAAUAUUAUAAUCUACAAAAUAGAGUACGUUCAUUGUGCGGUUCAUGAUAUCGCAAUUGUCUUUGUCUGCUCGCUUAUUGCGACAUGGGGGUCUUCCCUCGUGUCUUUCAUGUCAAGGUCUUCGUUACAGCUGUCUUGGUGUCCGCCAUCAGAUGUCCCCGGCUUCUUGCACUUAGGAAUGACCACUGUAAACCUGUCAUCAUUAUUAUUAAUUUCCUUGCCGCUGAAGCGAUCAGUUGGUUUUGGGGUACUGGAUGCUACUUUUGUGGUUGUCAUGGUUUGAACAGCUGCACCCUUUGUGGUUCAGGUAUCGGUUUUGAAAACUCUGUUUUGGAUUGGAUUGACUUGGCAAUUGGUUGAGAUGCAUCAUCCGCACAAGGGUGUCCAUGGUGAGCUGUCAGAUUACAGUAGUUGUACAUAACCGUUUGACCCUCAUGGGUACAUAACGUAGUAGUUGAGUUUUAUGUUUAAUUGUCAAGUAGGAGGGAAUAGACCUUUCAACCCGCAUCCUCACCACCAGGGAUGCCAACGGUACCGGUUAACUACAUUUUUUCGGUAUAUUUACAUUUGCACAAGCCGUACAGCCCGCUACAGCUCUUGCCAGAAUGGUAGCCAAACCGAGUACAUUUUCCCGUACAGCAGUAGAAUACAUUUUUGUUUCGCUGCUGUACUCCGACUGCUCGGUGAUUGUAAAGUUUGUUCUCUCGCUUUGUACACUUUUCUCUGCAUAGUCAAAGGGAGAGGCCCGCACGCGAAAGCGUUAAUGCCGGUCGUGGCGUAAACGAACCGCAUUCAUUGUCGUCGUUUGUGAUUAAAAAUAUUAAAUAGAUUAAAAAUAUUAAAAAGUGUGAAAUAAGGAAAGAGAAGCUGUACCGCUCGCGUCUGGUGGCUGUGCUGGGGGCAGUAUUUUUUGUCAUGUUACUGCUUUGCUUACGGAUUGCCGUACAGCGCUGGGCGUCCUGCACUAGCGAACGAGAAUGUAGGCAGAAAAAUUACAGCCGCAGAAAAAGUAGGCAUUUUGCAUCCUUGCUCACCACAAGAACACCGUUAGGAAUACCCGGGAAGAAGUUUCGCUAAGUUUCUACUUCUCCGUAUUGCGUUAUGCAUUCUGCAAUUAGCUCAGGAAAGGUAUGUGGUGAUAAAUCAUGUAAACUUGCCCCUGUAUAGUCAUUUUCAUAUACACGGGAAUAUUAAUUCCAACAUUGUCACGUGUUCUGCAAAACUAAACGUUCGGCUUGGGCUAACGUGUUGAAUGAUAUCAAACCUGCAUUAUAGAGAUGAGGAUACUGAAGGUAAAGGACCUACAGAAGUCAUUCCACUUCAUGAAAACUCGGUUGUAUUGAACAAAAUUUAUAGACAACGACGGUGGCGUUGGGUCGGAGCCUUCUCGUCAACUCUACUCAUGAUGGACAAAAAACAAAAAAAAAUCUUUUGUUCUUUAAACAGUGCACAAUAGAUUGAGAGACUGCUAGUUGUCGUUCACUUGGUUCGAUUUUGGGUCUGACUCAGACAGAAAUAGAAAGCCGACCAGACUUCUACUAACUUAUCUAACAACAACGAUUCGAUGUUGAAUUAAAUUCAAGUCGAUUGAAAGUCAUUGAAAUAAAGAAUUAGUGCCAAAUUUUGAUAAAAAUUCGUUCCUUUAAGUUUUGAAUAAAAUUUUUCGUAGAUUGUAUUUUCAAGCAAAGUCUAUCCGCUUAAUGUACUUUACUUUUUACUGUACUGUACAUACUGGGAGCAAAGCAAAUUAUAUUGAUUUAUGUCAUGGUAAAUUUUAUUUAAUAAGAUUACGCAUCAAACUAAGGUACUUUUCUUCGCCUCCGAGACCAGGUAGCAACAUGUUCAGCAUUUUUUUCGCACAAGCAUUAUCAAUGUUUGGUAUUUAGUUCACACGCGCAAAUUCGAAUGAUCGGAAUGUAUCAAAUAUAUUUGAAAUGACGAAUUUCUCUUUUGAAUAAUUCCAAAAUCUUGGAAUUAAAUCUUAGCACAAAGAAAUUUGUGUCGGGGCAGAGAAUAAGUUAUUUUUUAGAGCUACGUUAAGCCCUUGAUCCCAGCUAUGUUUACCGAUGCAUAACAUGAUAACGAGCAGGUUUGAAUUCGAUUUUCAUUACAACUAUGAAAUCAAAUUUUGUAGCUAUUCGUGGACAUCCUGAUAUUUUUGAACCAUUUUCUAAUCUAGUUUCACGUCUUUGCCGCUUGCAAACAGUAUACGUGUACAACAAACUCCAUCAUAGUUUUCAAAUGAUUAAACGUCAUACAUAUCUGUAAGCAAAAACAAAAAAGGGUUAGAAGAGUUUCAGCGUAAGCCAGAAUCGCCCCAUCUGUCCAAAGAAAUUAUAAAAUUAAAAUGCAAAUCGCAAGUGCCAAGUUUGUGUAGGGUGUGAGUAAUUAACGUACCGUUGAUAUGUGCACUAGUAUUUCAACGAACGAACAAAGACAGAACCAUCAAACAGUAUAGUAGUGUCCAGCAUCUGUCAUGCCGCGGGAGGAAAAAUAAUUAAGUAGCUUCAAUCCAAAAGGAAGUGUAUAAAUGUAGCUAAAACUGGUAGAGCUGGUAGAAAACAUAUGCGAAAUAUCACAAAACCUUCCGCGAUUGGACCCAUUCGGAAGAAAAACUCCACCAGAGAUGAGAGUGUUAAACACGUGAAAAUUCACGUUUCGGAACUCGGCAAAACCAAGAAUAAUGAUUAGCGUGUUCCGGCAGUCAUCAGGUGUUCGUUCCCUUGUAGAGUUCACACCGCCACACACCUACAGUAGCAAGCAAAUAAUGAGCAGACAAAUGGCUUUUCACGAGAGAAAGAAAAGAGCAGAAUUAAGAAGAAGCGUUAUAUAUUUUGUAUAAACUUAUUUAGGAUUCUAAACGCAUUCAGACGCGAAUGAGAAUUAAAUGAUAGAGAAAGUCUUUUGUGAAAGCUUAUUAGCGCAUCGGAGUAAGAAUUAAGCUUAGAAAAAUUUAAAAAAAAAAACAGGGUGAACUAGUGAAACAUAACGCAAUCAAGAAGCGCGAGAUAACUCAUUGAUUGAUUGUGCUCUGAAUCGGAGAUACUCUUGCUGAAGAAUAGCGAUUCCCAAAGAGGCAGUACAUAAUAACCUAUAGUGAAAAGCUCAAGUAGAUCGAAUUUAUUUAACCCUAAAGACUAUCACGAUUUACCUUUAAUCAUAUCCCUAAAAAUAUUACACGCAAGCAAACACAAACAAACAAACGAGGAAGGCGAGAAAAAAAGUACUACACUAUAUCAAGCAGUCUUUAAUGGAAACCAAUACAUAUUGCAGACAGGUUGGCUAAAUCGAUUUUUCUAUCAUAUUCCCACAUAUCAUAGUAAAAUCUAUGUGAGUCCCUUUUUCCCGAAACUAUUUAUAGCAAUCACUGAAGAGAACAAAAACGACGAGUGCACUUCUCACUCGGCGAAAUAAUUGUACAGAAGCAACAGAAAAAAAAAGAAAAAAAAUGACGAAAAGAAUAACAAUCUUCUUACCUGACGAAGAAGAAAAAUUCCAUUUGGUUUCGUAAGAACAAAUAAUAGAUCGUAAUAAAAAAAAUGUUGUACAAAGUAAGUAAAUCAGAACAGAACAAGACAAAAAUUAGCAGAAAUUCGCAUAUGGUAGGCAGUAGCAAACGGAGCGGUAGACUAAUAAAAUUAAUAAAAAAACAGUUUCGCGGUACACGAUUUCAAGGAACAGAUUUCAGUUGGAACAACAAAAUACAUAUUGACAUAUAGGAGAAGGGUAGGUAAAUCAAUUCGCGCCUAUUAUAGAAUGAAAGGAUAAAUUCCGCACACCAGCCGGCUUCGUCAAAGUGAGUGUAAGCUGAAACAAAAAUUGAGAUAAAAGUGAAUAUGAACUAGCAAGCCGCCCCGGUUAUGAUAUUGCGACGAAUAAAAUUAAAUUUGUAUCACCACUCACUUUUGGCGAGCCAUUAUCAAAUCCGGAAGCGCCGCGGGUGGAGAGAGUAGAUAUUCGCCAGUCGCGCACAGCUCCUAGGGGCUCACCUGGAGCUGUUUUUAUUGGCGCCGGAAACAUGAAUGGCCUAUGUUCAGCCCUACCGUUUUUUUUGUUAAAAUUUCAUUUUUUUUAAAAUGAAAAUUCAAUAUAGAAAAUAGGCGAUAGCAUGAUUGCUUUUGCUUACUACUCGGCUCCCUUGUGGCGGUACAGAGAGUCUUAUAUGUCAGCCGUUGUAUGUUCGAGACUCGGUCAAGAAGCUUUGCGAUAGUUUAACUGAGUCGUGAAUAUUUUAAGUUUUAACAAUGCAAAAAAAUAAAAAAAAGGCAUUUAAAUUGAUUUCCUACGUGUUGGAUUGUGUUGACGAGGUUUGCUGCUGCGUGUUGGAAUCCUUUUUCUUGGCGGUGAAACAUUGCAAUGUCGUAAUUUUCAGUCAAAUCCCCGGGUGCCAAAACGAACCGGUGGUCUUCCAUCAUGGUUCCUGUCCUGCUAUUUUGCCACUUGAUCCGCUGCUUCAGUGCUAGUUCUUCGAGCGAUCCGUUUGCCACGCUGUUUGGUAAGGUAUUGGAGGAGCCACUUGAUCCGCUGCUUCGGUGCUGGUUCUCGAGCGUUUCUAAGUUAUCCGUUCGCAACCGCCGUCCAGCAAGUAAUUUUGGGAGUCACCGGAUCCGAUGCUUCGGUGCUGGUUCGUGAGUGCUUAUAGGCGAUCCGUUCGCCACGCAGUCCGGCAAGGGAUUCGGGGAGCCACUGGAUCCGCUGGUUCGUGAGUGAUUCUAGGCGAUCCGUUCGCCACGCCGCACAGUGGCGGGUCUUCAAACAAAAGUUGGACAAAACCUCAAAUGUUACCUAAUUUGGCUGAAAAUCACAAUUUAAGCUAAUUUUGAGGUGCUGAGCUCAUUUUUGAUGUCAAAAGUCGUAAAAUAUUAAAUGCAUUUUUCCAUACAGUGUCAUUGAACCUUUCUUAUAACUAUGAUCCCGUUUUCAUGAUAGAUUUUCCAUUACUGUUCACCAAUGUCAGCAAUAUCAUAAAAAAUGAAGAAUACUACUUUAAAUCCAUUGUAUAACAUAUUGGUUUACUGUAGAUUGUCUAACAAUUUUAAACAAAACACCAUGCGCCUCCAUAUCAGCAACAAAGCUUCAAAAUCUCCUUAAAAAAUUUUGCGCACCUAGGCGCAGAACGAGACCAUGAUAUUCGAAAAGUAGAGGUUAUUUCCCAUAGAAUGUAUACUAUGUGACCGUUCCGAAAUGAUUCCGAAAUUUGUACAGAAUACAUUAGUAAAAAAAGUAUUUUUGAUCUGACCACCUCAAACAUAUUUAAACUUUUUAGUCAUAGUUCCAAGCAAAUUUACCAAAUGUAUUUUAUUCACUAACCAAGUUCUUUCGUUCCUCUACACAAUGAAACUAGUUGUGCUAAAAUCGGACCAAAAUCAAAAGUGCAACAUGCAUUUGAAGUGAACAGAGCAAUGAUGGUUUCGGGAAUGAAAAUCAAUAAAAAGUCCGGACUUUGCCACGUUUAAACUCAUGUUAAAAAUCGUGUUCUUAUCCAAUGAUCAUAUGAAUUUUUGAAUAUACAUCAUUCAAUAUAUGAGAAAUCUAGAAAAAAUAUAAAAUAUCAAUAUUUCAAAAAUAAAUUUUUGAGGUUUUGGCCAGCCUCCAGCCACUGUGCGCCGUCCAGUAAGGGAUUCGGGGAGCCACUUGACCCGCUGAUUCGAUGCUGGUUCUCGAGCGUUUCUAAGCAAUCAGUUCGCCCCGCCGUCCGGUAGGGGAUUUGGGGAGCCACUGGAUCCGCUGCUGGUUCGUGAGUGCUUCUAGGCGAUCCGUUCGCCACGCCGUCCGGUAGGGGAUUCGGGGAGCCACUGGAUCCGCUGCUUCGGUGCUGGUUCGUGAGUGCUUCUAGGCGAUCAGUUCGCCACGCCGUCCGGUAAAAGAAUCGGUGCAUAAUGCAGCCAAUGCAUUGGCUGCAUUAUGCACCGCAAAUUGUAAGUAAAUCAGUCUGCCAUUUCUCACAUUAUCGUGAACGUCCAUGGCGAUACCAUCACUGCCUUGUUGCUUUUUUCGGUUUGAUAUUCUUGUUUGUUUUGUGUUCUUGCCACACACUCUGUAUUUCUUCUCUAUUGGCGCUGCUGAUUGUUGGUUUUGAGGUGCUAGGUACAAUUGUUGUUACUGCGCUAUUGGUACUGGCAUUGGGUUUUGAGAUACAAUUUAUUGGUCAGUCAUUUGAUUGUAGCUUUGUGUGAUAAAAUCGGAAAAUGAGCCUUACACCAAUCUGGAGCAGAUUUUUCUCCGUAAGCAAGCAUUGAAACCAGCUCAAAAAACCAUUUCUACCUGUUGGGUUUAAGGAAAUAUAACCAGGGCAAUAGCGUGGUCUUCUUGCGCCCUUGGCGGAGUGUCAGCUUUACGCCCCUUUGAAGUCUACUUUGGCUUUCUUUUUCAGUUCGAUUUUUGAACAACAGUUUAGUGUGUAUAUACUUGGGAAUGGCAUCCUUACCAUGACCUGUUUUAUGACUCAUCCUCUCUUAGGUCUGGCGACCUUGGCGGGGAUCAAUUGGGCCAAAAACAUGCUACGGGUUUAUGCCGCAGUGAAGGUUUUUACAUAGACAAGUGAAUACACCAAAUAUUGUUUAACAUUCCGCUACCACAAGACUUGCACUUUAAUAGCACGAAGUUUAUUCGCGAACUAGGAGGGCCAGACUGACUUGAUAAGACAGUUUCGCUUAAAAAAGUUUUGCGAAUGACGCUCCUGGCACAGAAGAAGAAAUUUGAACAUCCGUCGGAAAAAAAGUUUAGCAAACGGAAAUAUCCCACACUUCUUAGGACAAAGCCAUCAAUAUCAGAGUUACAAAUAUUUAAAUUCAUUGAAUGAAAAUUUACCAUAUUUAGCCGCACUUAUUGUCAAUAUUCAAUGACGCUAUCGGAAACGUCAAACGAACCAACUGCCCAUUUAUUUAUGUGUAUUUUCAAUCGUCUUUGUUUAUUGCAUGAAGCGAACGUGCAACAAUGAAUCCUACGCAUUAAAGUAGGCGUUGGCACAAUGUAAGCGAUGAUAAUUAUUUUUUUCUAUGCUUCUAUUCUUCUGAAUCAGCAACAUUGGAAAACAGUUACCUAGAUAAUUAGUGAUAUGAAUAUUAUUGUACGAUAUUCCAUUGAAUGAAUAACAUGGAUUUUUGAAUCAAUAUUUUUUUUCUAUUCAUCACGUGUCGCAUCAGGUUCAUUUUCAACCAUCAAAAAAGAGCUUCGAUUAUUUUUAACUCUGAUCAAUGUGGAGCAUCCACAGAACACUAAGUUCACUGCAGAGCAUUUCGCGAGAAAGUUUGUGAAAUCAGCUAACACUAGGUGUUUGAAGGCAACGGACGAAGUAUUUUUCCUUCUAUCAUGCAAAGAAUCAGAAAAAAUUAGAAUAUUUGUUCCUUCAUCAACCGUUAUAUUUAAUUCCUACGGUUGAAAAAUUGUAAAAAAAACGAAAAUCCGAUUUCCAAAAAAAAAAUAUGUUUGACUGUUGCUCAUUUCGUGUAAAUUACAGUCAUAAACAGUAGAUUGAUGUUAGAUGAAAUUGUCCUGUGUUACUAUGUUUUAAUUGCCGCAAGGUUCUACUGUAUCCGUAAAUUUGCCGAAAAUAGCCAACAAAAUCGAUACAGAAAUUGUCCUGUGUUUUCACUCGCAUGGUAUGGUCACCCUACAAGCAGUAUAACGAGGAGACAAUUUUCAGGAGCUGUGACCUAGUUGGUCGAUUAUUUUUUACGGUGCAAAUAAUUACAUUUGUAUUACCAGUCCCAGUGCCUUCACGACAUUACAGUAAUGUCAGCAUCAGUUUUGCUUAUUGGGAUUAUCCAAAAAAUCAGUACAUUAGGUAUUGUAUCUAUCACUCAUGUGAGUAAAUGAGUCCGGAUAAUUAUCCCUCAAAAGGCAGGCUAAAAUUGUUACUUCAAGAAGCAUCGCUCACAAGACCCAAUGAAAUCAAAAGCCUUUUUUUGUCUUUUUAUCAGAGAGAGAGAGAGAGAGAGAGAGAGAGAGAGAGAGAGAGAGAGAGAGAAUCGAAAGCUCGAAAAUGCUCGAUCAUUCAAAUUUCAAAUUCCAAGUUCAUUGAAACUAGAGAACUGCAACUAGCCGGACCUCUGAAAACCGUUGCCUUUUUGAGAGUUAACCCCUUCGAAAAUAAAAACUCACAGUUUCACAUGAAAAGUAAAACUUUGCUGCCUUUCUGGCGCAUAUCAAAAACAUUGCAAAACAAGUCAAUCCAACUUUGUUGUCGGUUUUGUUGGUAAUUUAGUGUAAAUUUUGACAUUUUUGUUUUCUUUCACUGAAAUAAAUUAUCAUCUCCUUAUCCGGUGAGAAGAGAGAUCAGUUGAAUUUUAUCGCUAUUUGGUGAGAGGGAGAAUUUCCACUUUGGUGAGAGGGAGAAGUUCGACACCGAGUGAUGACUACAUUUUUGCUUUGCUAUCCCCUGGCUCGUCUUUCAUUUUUUUAAAUCUUUCAUUAUAUCUGUAAAGUAUUCUUAAAAGUUGUGUCGGGAUCUAGGCCCGUGCAUAAAUGAAUUCGACUGAAAAAGAAUCCAGCUGAUGGUUAAAUUAAUCUCGAGCACGAUUCGUCAUUAAAGACUCCGACUUGUCGUAAAAAAUCAUACACAUUGAACACAGUCGGACCAUAUAUGAUAUUCCUUCAGAUCAAAAAUUUUUAACCGGGACAGAUAUUUCGAAAGUUCGACGAGAUAAGCUCAGAAUUGUGAUAUCCUGUCUAAACCAAGCAAAUUACCUGUAUUUUAUGAAGAGCUUCAGCGUCUUCAAGCCUGCCCACACAGUUAAGAUCGACAGUGUGGCCACCGAUUCGAGUGUGUCAUGCGUGGAUCUACUGCACUCAAUAUAAGCAAAUGGACCAUUGUAGCAAUAAGUCAGGAUGACUUUUGUAUUGGGAAUGCUGAAAAGUGUGCAUUCAGAUGGUCUGGUGGUUACCAUGCACGGUCUACAAAUAAUGCCCGGAGAAUCUAAAAUAUUCCCUUAUAAAACGCUACGUCUUUCACCAUGAAAAAUCAUUAUAUUCUCUUGGCUCUGGAAGACUAUUGCUUUGACGAUCCCCUUGUGACGACAUCUGUUACUGGUCCUAUAAAUGAUGAACAGUUGAGAUCAGGCCCGUGCGAAAGAGAAGGGUUUUGGGGGUUCGAACCCCUCCCAUGAGGGUUUUGAAUUACUUCUAAAAAUUUAUUAACUUCCAGUUCAGGAAAAAAUUAUACUGCGAGCCGUUUGACAAAUAAAAUGUCAUUCGAUUUCGGUCACUAUAGAAACAAGUCGUUGAUGAAACCAAGGAAAAAAAACUUUGCGACGGUGGCUGAAAUAGGAAGUCAAGUUGGUCGGCAUCUCUGGAUCGGUUCACGUUUCGAUAAGUUGCAACAGUUGUGAGAAGGCAUGGGAAAAUUCGCUUACUCGCGCGACUGUUGCUCACUGUGGAUCACAAAAUAGCAUAAAAUGUAUGCUCGCAAUAAUUAACCAUGAAUAGGGCUGAAAAAGCUUCACAGUAGGCUGGUAGAAGGGCAAACCGCGAACAAACUAUAAAGCUUGAUAUUCUAUGAGUAGCGUCGAAUCUUCACUCGUGAAUGUUUGUCGCAUAGUCUCGUGAAGCUCACAAAGGUUUCUUGAUGUAUGAAUAAAAUAUACUACCUAUUCUAGUAUUACAUUUUUUAUUGACGCAUUUUUACAAAAAAAAAUCAUAAUUAAUAAAUUUAUUUAGGCACAAAUGUGGUAGCUCGACGAGGCCGAUUUUGUUCGUUUUUUACAAUAAAUAAAAAAACAACUAGAUUGAAUUUUUGUCUCGUUUAGGCGCAGCUUGCUGCUGCGUGUUGAGAUGCUUGUUCUAGGGGGCGAAAUAUUGCCAGUGUGGUCCACUGCAAGUUGAGGUUCGAUUCGUUUGUCUUCUUUCGCGUUAUCGUUCACGUCCAUGUCCUCAUCCGUACUACUUUCCUGCUGCUUGCGGUCGGAUAUUCUAGUUUGUGUCUUACUCUUAUGGGCCGUUAUUGUAUGUUCAUAUUUUUCGGAAUUCGUUUCGUUGUUGUUGUUAUUGCUGGUUGUUGGUGUAUGAUCCGGAGAUGUUGGUUUUGCAGUUGUUAUUGGUUUAGCGUAAGAUGGUUGUGUGCAGAUUUCAGUUGUAUUGGUUGAGUUUUCCUUAACAGUUUCUUGGUAAAGUUUUCCGAGGUGUAGCGUAUUUGUGCAGAACUGGCACGUAUGAAUUUGCCCUGAGUACGUGACUAGUGAUAUCUGAUGAAUGGGAACACUUGCUAACACGACGAUUAUGUAUGAGGGAAUUCGCUUGGUCACACGCAUUCUCACCACACGAACAUCGUUAGGGAUGCCCGGAAAAAAGUUCCUCCAUGUAUCGUGUGUAACGGAAUCUACUUCUCCGAAUUUUUGCAAGCAUUUUUUAAUCACACUAUCAGGGGUACGCGUAGCCAAAUCAUGGACACGAACUUCUACAGCGUCGUUUUCGAUGUAUACGGGAAUGCUCUAUAUAACAUUGCCGCAUUCGGCGGUGUGCUGCAUGUUGUUUCACGAGACGAAUGACUCAGCUUGGUUUAUGUUCUUGAACGAAAUCAGCACACAAUGUUUAAUAUGAUGCAUUUGUUGGGUUUUCACUUCAGUCAGAUUGAGUUCCAUCUGCACUUUUAAUAACUGUUUCACUUCCCGAAUGGCAGGUCCUACGGGGCAUUUCGAAAAAUCCACAUCAACACAGUUCGACCGCAGCUGGGUUGCUUUUUGCUGGGCACCGAUACUCAUCACUAAAUUGCACAGUAGGUAGCCUAUUGUUAUAUGGACUGCUUGUGCGAUAGGCACCGAUUGAAUUAUAGGUAGAAGUGGCUGUUUCACUUGCGCGGGACGAUUUUUUGCUUCUGCUCAGGGCGAGAUGUGAAGACAAACUGAUUUUUACAAAUUUGAAAAAUCGUUAGCUAUCAGCUAUUCAAUAAACGGUAUAUUUUCUAUCUAUUUUUUAUAUUAUGCAAAUAUGAAAAGGAAAUAAAACUGUUUGAUGAACAUCCUACGCAAAGCGCGAGCCGCUCGAGAAGAGUUUCGCGACCGGAGCCAUCGACGUUAAGAAAGGAUGGAAUAAAAGAGUAACUUCUUUAUUGGUUGCUAUAGCGUUGGCUCGCGUGUAUCAUUUUCUAAGCAAACAUGAAGCAUAACAACUGGAGAAAGUUUUCUGGUGAACGGUGAAUAAACGGUUCGUGAUGCGAUUUUUCCCAUACUUGGUUGUAUGUAGACCAGUUGCACAGAAACUCGGUCAGCGGACUAGCAACUAGGUGGCUAAGGGGGAAAAACAAGAAGUCGAAGAAAAUCGUAAUAUCGUUGUCUGGAGAAAUUCCACCGGCGAUGAUCUCUCCGUCGGAGUUGGCUGAUAGCUAAACAAUAGCACGACUGCAGGAGGUAUACAUGUCAAAUUCGAAGCCUCAGUUUUUAUCUUAGAAAAUCUCAAUGGCCUCGACUUCGGUUAAAGCUAGAUACGAUGGGAUGUCUCUAAAAUGUAGGGAGAUAGUAAUUAUUAUUUAAAAUGUACUAUUUGGCUCAUUUCCUAUGUUUUCCUGAAAUAAUAAACGUUGAAUGAAUUCGAUACCAAAAAACCUCCCUCAAUGAAAAAAUUCUUCCUAAAGGGGAAAAUAUUCCAAAGAGGCGUUAUUUCUAUUCCAGCAUCGAGGAGGGAACAUAAAUGAACUGAAAAACGUUAUGCGUGCUUUGAAUCAAUAUUAUACCCAUUUAUUUCGAGAACAGAAAGAUUCGGCGAAGUUAGAAGAAUGGCUUUUUUCGAAAUUGGAUGUAUUUCUGCUCACUGGUAAAGUACUUAACUAAAGCUUAUUUUGGAUUUAACGUCUAUAUUGCGAUUAAGGUAGCGCUGACGCUGAUGAGAACAAAAAUUCAUUCUUUCUUGGCAAAGGCACUCUUCAUCCUCAAACAACGUCAUGAAGGUCAGAUUACCUCAUGUUAAUUCUGUCGGGCGCUACAUUAUGAAAAUGCUAUGUAAUAUUUGUUAUUUCAUUCCUUCAAAUGUUCUGUUAUCUUUCCAAUUGGCAUUAACAUGCGACUUUUUUAAAAUUUUGGAUUGAAACACGAAUCUUUUCUCUGACCACUGGUAUCCCGGAAUUUUAAGCCUAUGGAAGUCCUGCGUACUUGCCAAUCAAUUUUUGGAUGAGCUCAGGUGAUCUUGCAUGUUAUACCUGGUGGUGGAAUCUAUAACCAUGUCGUUUCUCCAUAUAAUUUGAUGUUUUUCCCAACAAACCUAACUGUUGGCCUAUUUGGCUCAAAUUUGGAAAAGUCUAUGGAGUGGUAUGGAGAAUCAUCCAACUAUAUGUCUGUUUAUUCCUUGUUGACGAUAGGGUUAAAUAGUACCUAUGGUCCCUUACUGGUCUUAAGACAGCAAAAAACAAAUAUUAAAUUCCCAACUUUUAUUUCAUCUUACUCUUUACUGCUGCUGGAACCCAAUUUGAUGCUGCUGGCGACGGGAUGUAUCUCCCGACCGGCCGGGACAAUAACGACCGCGUACUCCUUAGGUCGUAUCUUCGUUAGCUGCUCCGGCAGCGGUCCUUUGCUUUUAGCUAGGAACGUGACCCCUUUCUCCUUUGUUGAAACCUCCCUAGUGAAGGUGGCGAAUAAUGACCAGAUAGCAGUGCACUGCUCGAGGGGAACCUUUGUCCGCCCUGCUUCGCUCUCCUUGUCAAUUAGCUAUAGAGGAGAGCUUGGCUCGUUCACCUUAUCCGCUAUAGCGAGAACGGCCGAUGUCACGGUUCCUUUUCGUUUAGCCGGAGAAGCGUAUAUGCUCCUUAACAUUUAACAAUACCACAUCGUAUUUCUCACUGGUGCCCGAACCACGGGUUGGCACUUUCAGACGGUCUUUAGCUUGCCUUCGCACGCGCACUCCCCGACUAUGUACGGGGAACGUGCCAUUUGAGCCAAUAUAUUCUAAUUCCUGAAGCUCGUUGUUAUUUAUAUACAAUUGAACAACAAAAUUUACUACAGCUAUAUACACGAACAAAACCGUUCACAAUCGCAAAAAUGAACAAAAAUUUACAAUUAAGUGUGAACGGUAUACAGAACAGGGGUGAGUAUAAUGUUGCCAAACAAAUACACUCUACGGAGAGAUUAUGCAAAGAUAGGUAUUUUUCCAAUUUGUUACGCCGCUGGGUUACAACUCUCAUGCUGCUCUUUUACACAUCUACCUAUUGUUGAGCUCGAUUCAGUUUAAUUUGCUCACUCGAUUCUUUUCUCAGGUAUUACUUAGGAAAUUUAUCAAACAAAAAUCUGCAAUUUUUUUUACAAAAAUCAAUACUUUUUGAGAGACUUAGUGGAAUAUCACAGCUAACCCUCUUAAGACAUCUGUCUACCAUCUAAUGCCGCUAUAACAUUAUAGUGGAUUUAAACUGUAGACAUCUGUCUUAAGAGGAUUAAUUAAAAAUUACCAUUACAAUGGGAUCUCCUAUUACGCGGACUCGUACUACGCAGAUUCCUACUAUGUCGCAGUAGAAAUCCGCGUAGUGCGAGUCCGCGUAGUAAGAGAUCCAACCGUAAGUUUAUCAAGUCUAUAUAGUGGGAUUUAGAAUAGAUUAUCAUUUCCUACCACUAAGCAUUCGUUUCACACUAAUGAUGAUAUGGUUAAUAUUCACUAAACUUGCCGGAGAAGGGGGUAAUACUAACACCUUCAGGUGAGAAAAAUUAAACCUAAAAGAAAGUUAAAACGGAUAAGUUUUUUUUGCGAAAAAGCAAUAUUUUCCCGCAAAGCGACACUAAAUUGGCAAUGGGCCAUCAAAACUACUCUGAUACUGGUCCUAGAUCCUGACUAUCGCGCUGAAAUUCAAGGCUAUAGAUCAACAAACCAAGUAGACGAGUCCGAAUCCAAUCCCUUUCUUGCAAACAGGACUAGUUGGAUGACGAUGCAGGGUGAUAAUGAGUAAAGCUAGAGAAACAAAAGUGUUAAGCUAUUAAUGUAAUUAAUAAAAAUCUCAUAAAUUUAAGAUUGACAAUUCGCAAAAGUUUGCGAGAAUAAUAAGGCAAAAUGACGUAAGCGUUAAGACGAAAAAAUCGGAAAAAGGGAUCAACAACCAAAGAAAUAAUCUUUACUAUAAUAAAACAAGCAAACAAGAGAAAAAAACAUAACAAGACGAACCAGUGAAAAUACUGAAUUCAACUGAAGACAUACAAGAUUGAAAGUAAUUUAAAGGUAAAUAAAUGUAUAAUUUUUAGAAUUAUAUAUUAACAAAUCUUAUAUACAGCACUUACAACAAAAGGAGGAAAAAGUGAAACUGAUUACUGCAUUAAAAACUAAGAAACAAUUCAACGUUUUAUGUUCAAACAGAAUGGUUAAGGGAUAAGGCUUUGUUCAAUGGUAGACAAAUUAGGAAGACGUCAAGAAUACAUUUUUCAAUACAUGCAAAGCAAACAGUAGGGAAGCGAUUUCUUUUGUUUACUUUUUUCGAAUAGGUUUAAUUUUUAGUGAAAAAUAAAACUCUUUCAUUGUUGUCUCUUGUUUAUACGUUUUUUUAGUUAUACAGAAUUCGUAUGAUGAUAAGGCAGACAGAAAAACACUCUCGCUUUGCAAAGGGGAAGAAUUUAGAAUGGGAUUCUAACCGGAAUGACCGGACCAAAAACCGACACUGCUGAAUGAGAUACAAUUAAGUGAGUAGACAGAAAGACAUGUGAUGAAUUUUUAUUAAAAAAUCAUUCAUUUCGUUUUUCGCUAGAACGCAUAAAGGGCUGUGAUUUUAGUGGUAGAAAAUUUGUUGUUUAAAGAUGGAGUAAAUUUUGUUUAUGACUCGAGAUAUAGAAGAAAAAGGAAACAAGCAAAACGUGGAACAACUAACGCUAACAAAAAGAGAAAUAUUAAGAAAUUAUUUUUAAAAAGAAGAAUAAAAGACAAAAACGGGCCCGGCCUGUCUUUGGCAAAGGGACAUGGAAUUAGGGCCGCGUUUAGAACUAAGGUGCUCUUAUGACUAAAAAAACUGAACUACUUAAAAGUGCAAAUAUUUCUUCACCAAAAAAUGCAACCACACAUACACUUCUUCUGCAGCGUGUUACAGCCAAUAAAUUCCACAAUCGAAUAUCCAGGCCAUGCCAACACUGUCCGAGAACUAUCGAUACAAUCAAAUCAAGCCGCCGAAUGCCCGCGCCGCCAAGCCAAGCAAUAUCUAGAGAACAAACACAAUUUGAAGCAAAAUGGCAAUCAAAGAGUCAAAAAACAUUGUUUGUUAACACACAUCUAAACCACGUCCCUUUAUGUGUAUUUUCAAAUGCUUUUACUAUUUUGAGUUUGUUGCUUUAGAUUUUGAGUUUGGAGAGAACAGUUUCAAAGUGCUUUAGUUGAAAAUAUUUACGUCGAAGCAAAAUUCGAUUAGCAUCUUGGUGAGAUGCUUCCAUUUUUGAGUUCUAAACCUAGCGUUCGAAGAAGAAAUGAUACAAAACAUGUUAUCAGCGUAAGUUGACGAGAAAAAGAAUUAAAUUGAAACAACAAAAUGAAAUGACGAAAGUGUUUCAAUUAAUCUGAAGCAAAUAAGGUGAAACAAUAAUUUAGAAGUCUUCCCAGUUUCUGACCCCUUUGGAAAAUUUCCGGUUUGUCAGUGCCGAACUCAAGCCAAAUUUUCUUGUAUGGAAUGAAAAUACGCAUACAACGUAAUGUUUAUAGUUUGUCACAUAAUCAUAUUUAUUAGAUUCUGAGAUCACUUACACCAACAAUAACAAUCACACUCACACAUAUUUUGUAUAAUCGCUGCGAUGAAGCAAGCACUUGAAACAGCAGAAUCGUAUGUUUGUUUACCGCCCCCCCCGUUUCCCCAUCCUAGUAAAUUCAACACGGAAGCUUUCUUGCAAGAGGAAACCCGGCCAUUUGUUUAUACUGCGAAACAGCAUAAUCUUCAACCUUAACAUGUAAUCUUUCCCCCUUGUAAUGCAAAUGCAAACAAAAAGUAAUAAUAACAAGAAACAAAACAUAAAAAAACAGUGUGCCAAAUUUAAUGAAACUAUAAUUAUCUCUUAGAACUGCUUAUUGUUUACAAGCAAAACUAAAGCAAACAAAACUAAAAAAUAACUGAACAAAAAAAAUCUAGUUUGUUAAUGUUUAGUGAAACUUGAGAUUGAAGUUAGUUCUUUUUAUAUGAAAUAAAGCGAUUAUUAUUACAAUUAUUAACUAGUAGUUAAUAACAGCGACGAAACGAGAAAAAAAAAACAGUCACAUAAUGCUCGUGGCGAAGAUGGUAUGAAAUGGAAGUAAUUAUUGCUCAUUUUUGCUUAUUUAUAAUCGUAGUAGGUUGCAGGUUUCUGUUUUCACAAACACACUCACAUAAAAACACUCGUGCAUAUCUAGACAUUCGCAUGAUAGAAACAUUCACACCCACACACGUAAACGUAAUGUAUCAGAAACAAAAUUGCAUGCAAAAGUUGUACACUUAGAUAAAGUGUCUAAAUUGUAAACAAAACAAAUUAACAAAAAAAUGUACUAAAAGUGGUUCUUAGUUUAACGCAAUUGAGACUGAUUUGAUUUCGAAAUUAUUAUAAUAUUAUAUUUUUGUUUAGUUGUAAGUUUUCAACUGAUUCAAUUCAAAAUUGACAGAAAUCAUUCGUACUGAUUAUCGUUUCGUUUAUUUUUAGUUUGUUAAAACAAAGUUCUAGACAUUAUUUUACAUCGUAAUCAAACUAAUUUAAGUGUCUUAAUAAUUUAGCAAGCAUUAAUUAUACUAUAUACACAUUUUUAAGCAAUUUAUGAAUAGAGAAUAUAAACUUUUAAUUUUUUAAAUCACAACAACGUUAUUUUUCUUUCCUUUCUGUCACUCACCCUGAUUUCACCACACUAUGUUUCAUUUAGCGUUCUGCUGGGAUGAAGUCUUUGCUAAGCAAGGACGAAAACCCACUGCGAAUCGCAUUUCACCACUUGUAUCGUUUCUUUUGAUGCGCAAGCGCACACUUCGAUUGGAUGCAAGCACGUGUAGCUUCGCAUCCGGUAUUUCCGUUGUUCCGUUGUUUAUGUUCUCACUAGUUCGGAGUCUCAUCACACUGCAUGCUAAUGUAGUACACAAAUUCAAACACUUCAAUUACGAUAAUAAAUAGGGACAAUCCGUACUGUUUUGUUGUUUGAAGGCGCUGAGAAUAAGUAGAACAAAUGAGAAAUUUAAACGUAAAUACCUUUAAAACAAUGACAUUUAUCCAAAUAGGAACGUAUAAAUGUGUUACAAGUUAUUUUUCGCGAAACUAGAAGUCUUGAUAAUAUAGCCAAAACCAGAUUCCAUAAAAUUGUCAAACUUGAUAUUGAAGUAAACCUGUAACGGGCACCCAUUUUAUUCAGUGUACCAAUAGAUGUAAUUUUUGUAAUUUUUCACGAAAGAGAGAGCAAAUAAUCCCACUAAUAUCAAACGCAAUACACUCAUUCACGUUCGAAUAGAAACAUACUGAAGAUUUAGACAUGCAGUUAUAACACGUUUUCUCUCACUCUUUUGUGACGUUGCACUAACACCUAGAGAUAUAAUAAUUUGUCACGCUCAUAACCUUGGAGUACACACGCAUAUACACAAAAAGUGGUUCACACAGUUUCGCGCAUAUUGAUUGAUUACUUAAUUAACAGUAAAUGAGAGGUAAACAAGUUGUUCAAGCGAGUCGUAUUAUGGGAAAUUUACAAGAGAUAAACUGAUAAAAAAACAUAUAUAUUAAAUUUAAUGAAACAAAUGUCAUAAUUUACAAAUGAAGCUUUACAUUUAAUUGUAAUUUUUUAUAUUUAUUAUACAUAUAUAUUAGGUGAUGAGUCAGUAAUGCAGAAAACACAAGUAAAUUAAUUAUAUAGAAUUAUAUAAAUAAUUAAAACUUAGACCUGAAGUAGCUGCUCAGCAGAAGUCUCGAUUCGAUCAGUAUUAAAAAAACAAAAACACUCACACACGCAAGCAAGUGGUGAUGCAAAUAUUAAAUUCAAAUAUGAUUAAAACGUAAGACACUCAUACAGAACAGAAUGUAUUUAGAGUUGACUUAAAAUCAGAUAUAGUGUUAGAAUUGAUAGUUUUAUAUAGUAAAAUAAAAGCGCAAGAAGAAAACACUCGAGAGUAGAAGGGGAAUGGUAUGCCUGAACGAUACACACACACAAGCGUAAUGUCGUCACCGUUUGGAAAACAAAACGAUCUCGCAGCGAAUGUGAAAGUUGAGAAACAAUAAAAUACAUAAACCGUUUUGGAUACAUUUUGUGACAAAAUACAACUUUCAGUUGGUGUUAAGAAAAAAGGAAAUCCGCUAUUUACCGGACAUUAAGCAAAAAAUAAAGCAACCAAAAAAGGGAAAAACAAACACAAAACGGCAACAAAAUAAAAUAAUACAGGAAUUUUUCAGGCCGAUAACUUCUACUUACUACCAGCCAAAGUAAACCACUGAUCGUUUUAGGGAAUGGUACGAAUUUGAAGAAAAAAAACACCCAAAGCCAUACAUUUUUAUUAGCCGUAAGCCACAGCCAAUUUACAAACCACUUUUUUUGGAUUGUUCAAUAAUCGAUUCCAACAUCGGGCGAUUUAUCAAGUACUUCGAGUCAAUAAACAAACCGCAAAAAAUGUUUUUUCUCUAUGUCUGCAAAGCGUUGUUAAAGUAAUUUUGCACCCACACACUAAGCGCAAAUGACGAUCCUCCAGUUUACAUAUGCUCAUUCGAUUUUUGAUAAUCCAGAGUCAGUGUUUUUUCUAUCUCGAAAUGCCAGUUCAAUAAAUGUCGAAUUUAAACAGUUUUUAAGAGUUGGCCAAGCUAAAUCGGAUCCAAAAUCGUUAUAUAAAUGUGAUUUUCCAUAGCGUUAAUAAUUCAACACUACAACACAUUCAUAUAAUUAUAAGCACAACACACACUUUAACCAUGUCAAAUCAAAUGAUUCGAAUUAUCCCUGAAACAAAUCUCAACCAUUGACAACUAACCAACCCAAAAAGACAUGAAAGCCGGAUUGAUAACAAGCAACAUAAAAGUCUUUCCUUGAAUAAGUAAUCCCGCGUCAGAGAGCUUAUUUUCGUCCCCAUCCUCAAUCCUCUAAAGCUUGUCCAGAACGAUUGCAUAUCCCGACUGUUUUCUUCAUCUUCCGGGUAUCAGAACCGGAUCUCACCCGCAUCGGUCAAAUUUAUCCCGAAACUACCCAAACAUCCUUACGGAAAGCUCGGUGGGCAGUACGGGACACGGGGUUGACACAAUGCAAACAUUACUAGAUUUGUAACGGAAUGCAGUGCAAGGCAAUCAUAUAACUAGAGCUUCUUUUUUAAGGGAUUAAAACUAGUAUCAACCGCAGAGCGUGUGUAGAUGGUUUAGGAGCGAGCAACUGUCCCAGCCGGAUCUUCGGAUUAUGCACAUUAGAUUCAAGCGGAUAGAAUGAGGAAACCUAUAAAUAUCCAAGAACGGGUCGACAAAGUCGCUUUGAACUUGCAUACACACAUACAUGCGGAUAAGGUUGAUCACAGGCAGACGAAAAACAAACAGCAGGAAACGGAGUGUAACAGGAAAAAAAAUAAAA